AUGCUCAAAGCCGUCCGUGAAACAGGCGUGCGUGCCUCUGAAAGAAACGCCGCCAGUACUCGCGCGGCUCUUUCAGCUCUGACCUCAGCCCCGAUCGCUGGCACGAGCGCCACCUCCAUUGCAACGAGCACUUUGACUGUGACAUCCUCCACGGGUCGCCGUCAAGAAAUUGUCUGUGUUUCUGACUUUUGUGCGAACCUCGGUCUACCAACUACCUCGCGCCUCGCCCAAAAGCUGAGGCAACCACUGGAGCACCUGAAAUCCACCGAAUCAAACCCUGCGCCUCGUGCCAGCGGCGCCAGGAUUCUGACUUUUCAACACCCAUUUUUCAAAGUUGAUGAUCCAUACUACAAGCAGUUUUACAAAGAGUUUCCCAAGCACUUCCCGGCUCUCAACUUUGAUACUGACGAAGGCAGUCCUUUUAGCCGCUCUCGCCGAAAGCGCCGCAAAGCUUCGCUGAAGCACCGCAGUCUUCCAAAACCUGCAGAGGCAACUGGCUAUUGCGAAUGCUGCCGCCUCACCUAUCACAGUGGUCUACGAGCACAUCUCAAGGACUCCACUCACCUUGCCAACCUUGAAAACGAACGCAUGUGGGAACCAUGUACCGCCUGGCUUGACAUGUAUCACCCAAGCUUUGUUUUUCGGACGAGCCCGCCAAGUGAAACCUCGACCAUCGAGGCCCCGAGCCACAGCGACCAUCAAGAGACCUCUUCUCUAUUCCCAGAGAGGGAUGACGAUUUACCCAUGCCCACGUACCGUGAGCGCCUGCUUUCCCCUGAACGACCCCAGUCUCCCCCACCCACGGCCAUCGCUGACUCCAUUGCCGCCCAAGACAAGACCAAGCGGUCCGCUUCAGCGCACUCGGAUGAUCAGCUCGCGCCCAGGGCGUCCCAAGAAGCUCCAACGCAGCUCUCAAACACUCAAGUGAACAAGGAGCCCAUGGCACCAUCAAAAACCAUACCUACAUCGCCCUCUACAAGUGAACACUUGGACAAUGGGCCUUCACCUAUUCUCUCGGCAAGGUCUCCCUCACCCAACCCACCCCGCCGGAUCACCCGCCGCAUGUCUCUGCGCUCCGACUCUAGCAAGACGACGAACCAGCGGGGACGUCGGCACAGCUCGUCAGAAGUUGAGCUCAGCGUGCCCGUUGCCAUGGGCCUGCCAUUGCUGCCCACCGUUACCCCUGCACUGGGAUCGGACAAGACGAUAGAAGCGUGCGACCGCAAGCCGCCACCCCGACACAGCCAGCGCUCUCGGGCACGACACUCGCCUCUGAAGCAGGUGGAUGCGGAUGCGCUCGAGCUGGCCACAACGUGCAAGCAUGAACACCAUGAAGAUGGAGGUGAUGUGACCCACGACCUUAACACCCUGAAUGACGCUCACAACAACACCUCGCCAACGCCAAUCGUCCCAGCCAACCCAGUAAAAAAGCCCACUGUUGCACAAGAACCAGCAUCAGCAGCUCAACCCGGCGUGUCACCCGUGGAAGCGCAGUUGCACCAAGAGCAGGCGACGGAAAUCAUGCCCACGGCGACGACAGCUGAUCUCGAUGAGCCAACACCAAAGCGUUCAGAGGAAACCACACUUCACCGCCGCUUAACCAAGCCGCCUCCCAGUACUGGUGCUGAACAGAGCAACACGAAACUAGGCGAAGCUGCCCUGCCCAGUGUGCACACACAGCCCCCGUCGCCCGUCGACCCUGCGCAGGCGACGAUACAUCCAGUCGCGUGCCAAGCUACCAAUGAUGAGGGCCUCGUCGCCCUCCGACUGCGCUUCAUGACCGAGGUUCGGGUACGAUCGCGCAAGAUGUUCCAAAGAGCCCUUUAG